AUGUCAACUAAAAGAUCCACUAAACGUCCACAACGCAGUAAUAGUCGAAAAGAAGUCGUUCACAAAUCUUUGUUAGAGGAAUCUAGAGAAUUGUUACACACAUUUCACGUUCCAGAUGUAAUCUUAAAAAGAGAAAAUGAAUGUGCUGCAAUCAGAAAAUUUAUUAGAGAUGGAAUUAAGACAAAUUCAAAUGUGUUUUCUCGUGUUUUGUGUAUUAGUGGAGUUCCUGGAACUGGCAAAACCGCAUCGGUUCUUUGGGUUGUUGAAUCCCUUAGAAAGACUCAAAAAUUUGAUUUCAAAAAUAUAAAUGGUUUGGAAUUGUCUGACCCAAAAGAACUUUUUGUUCAGCUAUAUCGUGUUGUAAUGACUGGAAUGACUGGAGCAAGAAAGAAAAUUACUCCUCGAGAAGCUCAAAAUCUUUUAAAUGAUUAUUUUACAAGUAAUGAAACCAAAAGAAGGAAAGCGAUUGUUGUUCUUAUUGAUGAGGUAGAUAUGUUGCAUACAAAACGUGAAGAUGUCAUUUAUGCAAUAUUCAAUUGGGCAGCCGAAAAACAAUCAAGAUUCUGUGUGAUUGCAAUUUCAAAUACUCUUGACCUUGCAGAAAGACAAUUUUCACAAAGAAUCGUCAGUCGGAUGGUUGCCUCUGUUUCUGGCGACUUGAGAAAAGCUUUUGAUUUAGUUCGUCGUGCAAUUGAUUUGGCAUUGGAAGAAUGUGAAAAGCAAAAUAAAAGUAAAAGUGAAGCAGAACUUCAGCCUACUCAUGUAAUUGAAGCAAUAAAAGAAUCAAUCGCCUCAAUUCGAAUGCAAUUUUUCUAUUCACUUUCAAAACACGAAUAUUUAAUUUUUAAAGCAUUAAUUAAUGAAUUGGUUGCAACAGCUUUAGAUGACGUCGAUUUUUCUUUUGUUUUUAUGAGAUAUAAAAAGUUGUGUACUUCUGAACAUUUAAUGCCUUUACCUUUAGAAGCAGCAUUUUAUCAUAUUCAGGAAAUGGCUACUUUCCAAUUUGUUGUAAUCUCUUCAAAAAAUAUUAAACUCCAUUGCCGAAUUAAACUUGGAUUUCCUUUGAGUGAAGCAGAAUUUUGUUUGAGGCAAAUGGAUAAUUUAACAAAGAAGGCUAUUUAA